AUGACCCCGCAUGAUAGAGCAGAUGAGAGGUUUAGGACUCACACUUCCAAACAAUUUGCUGAAGAAGUCUUGAAAGCACACAAUGACUACAGGAAGAAACACGGAGUGCCCCCAUUAAAACUCUGCAAGAAGUUAAACAGAGGAGCCCAACAGUAUGCAGAAGAACUGGCUACCACGAGGGUCCUCAAACACAGCUCUGAGUCUGCUAACGGAAAAUGUGGAGAAAAUCUAGCAUGGGCAUCCUAUGAUCAACCAGGAAAGGAUGUGGCUGACCGAUGGUACAGCGAAAUAAAAAAUUACAGCUUUCAAAACCCAGGGUUUUCUUCUGGGACAGGCCAUUUCACAGCAAUGGUUUGGAAGAACACAAAAAAGAUGGGUGUCGGAAAAGCAUCUGCUAGUGAUGGCUCUACGUUUGUGGUGGCUAGAUAUGAUCCAGCUGGAAACGUAGUGAAUCCAGGCUAUUACGAAGAAAAUGUCCUUCCUCCAAGAAAAUAACUCUUUUUUUAGAGGUAGUCUUUUUGCUUAAUGACAAGUGAACUUGGAUUUGGACAUAACAGUGUUUGAAAUGAAGUAUGAUUUAAUGAAAUUUCCUGUUUGAUACUGCUGUUCACUUCUCAUUACGGAGGAAGCAAUUACAUGUUGCUUGAGUUGAUCUGCACACUAGGUCCCUGUUGUUUCUGAGGGGGCUUCAGUCUAUUUGAGGAUGAAGUAUAUGCAGCAUUUCUGAAGGGUAAAAUUUGUAAGGGUGGUUUUUUUUAAUAGUUUGCAUGAACUCGGUGUCAGCAUGUGAGUAAGCACAUGUCGGAUGUCUUUUUUUAAACAAGCAAAUUUAUAGCUUUCUGUAAACUGAAGAUACCAGCUUGUAAUUAUAUCACAUACUCCCAGUUUUCCAGUAUUUUUUCAUAACUGUAACUUCUUUGCUCUAUCUAUACCUCCUGCUACUGUGGGGCCUUCUCUCUGCAGAUGGAAUAUAUGCAAAACUUCCUGUAUGAAAGGUAUACAUGUAAAAUGUAGUGGCAUUCAGACCUAUGUGUUUUUAUUAACAUGAUCUCAUGGAACACUAAAACGUUGCUGGCAAAAUUGUAUCCAUCAAGUAAGCCAUAACUAAUGCAUGACCUGAAAGCUACUAAAAUUGUUUAAAUCCCAGCAUUACAUUUUAAGUGCCAAUAUUUAAAAUCU